AUGAAACCCGCAGUUGCUUCCCUAAGAAAGGAAUUCAUCGUCAACGUUAGGAGCAACCAGAUACCGGACAUAACCUUUUUGCCGUCUCUGAACUCUUACGCCUUCGUUAAUGGCAUUGAAGUCGUUUCAAUGCCGGAAAAUCUCUACAUUCGCGGCAGUGAUUAUCAAAUCCCACUAGUCCCGAACCAAAUAUCAUUCAAUAUUGAUAACACCUCUGNAGAAAAUCUCUACAUUCAUGGCAGCAGUGAUCAUCAAAUCCCACUAGUGAGCCAGAACCAAAUUUUUUUCAUUGAUAACAGCUCUGUUCUUGAGACUCUCUAUCGAUUAAAUGUUGGCGGUAAUGAGGGAAGUCCCAAUCCAGUAUACAAAGGACACACCACCUUACACUGCACCGAAGAUCGUUUACACAACCACAAGGACCAUGGGCAACCNAUGUUUCGUUUAUUGUUUCCGGACGACAAUUACACCUACACAGCUUAUGGGUUUACACCUCACAGGGAAGUCCCAAUCCAGUAUACAAAGGACACACCACCUUACACUGCACCGAAGAUCGUUUACACAACCACAAGGACCAUGGGCAACCAAAGUCUAACAUACAAUCUGACAUGGAGAUUUCCUGUUGAUUCUGGGUUUUAUUAUCUUCUCAGACUCCAUUUCUGCGAGAUUCAAUUGGAGGUGACCUUGAAGAACCAAAGGGUUUUUAUAAUAUACAUCAACAAUCAAACGGCACAGAGAAGAGCAGAUGUUAUCCACUGGAGUGGUGGCACUGGAAUCCCGGUGUUCAAAGAAUACGUCAUCAUGGUCACCGACCCAGAUGGUUGCCGGAACAAGCAAGACUUGUGGCUCGCUAUGUACCCUGAGCUCGACUCUAGACCCGAGUACGGUGAUGCUAUAUUGAAUGGUUUAGAAAUCUUCAAAUUGAAUAGAACAGACGAUAGUCUGGCAGGGGCAAACCCUGAACUUGUACUCAGUCCACCGCCGGGACCAUUCACCUUGUCACCGCAGAAGAAGAACAAUAAAAAAGCACCUAGGUUGCCGGUCAUUAUCAGCAGCGUAGUCGGAGGAGGGUCUGUUCUAGUCUUGAUCUUGGGUUUCUUGAUUUUCCGACGACGGAUGAGAGUGAAAGACUUGGGCUCAACACAGCCCAAGUCGUCGUGGGUCCCCUUAUCUGACGGUUCAAAGUCCACAAAAACCAGCGGUUCAUCACUAUCGUGUGAUCUAUGUAGACGCUUUUCACUUGAGGAGAUCACAUCUGCUGCAUGCAACUUGGCAGGAGGAUUUGGUAAUGUAUAUAAAGGCCACAUCGACAACGGUGCAACCACCAUUGCGAUCAAACGAUUGAACCAAUCACCAAAUCAAGGGGCCCGUGAGUUCCAAACAGAGAUCGGUAUGCUAUCGAAGUUACGCUACCUCCAUCUGGUGUCGUUGAUCGGUUAUUGUAAGGACAACCGUAAGAUGAUCUUAGUGUAUGAUUAUAUGGCCAAUGGUACCCUCCGUGAUCAUCUUUACAAAUAA